UGAAACAGUAAAGUUUGUCAUUUAUUUUAUUACGGUACUUAUCUAGGUGCCUGACUUGCAUGCUAAUUAGACCUAUUUACAUGUAUUCACCAUCACAUACAUGUAGUCUGCCUUGUGUACAUCUGAACUUUAGUAUUGCUACACUGAACUACAGGAUAAGAUAGAAUUCUAACAUCAGAGCAACUCUGAAGAUGUACAGAAUUCUUGGAUCUGCACCACUUUAUACAAUCCUCGCGGCACUACUCGGCAACAACCACAUUUUCGCAACUCCUAUAAAGUCAAUUGUCACAAAUACCAGCACUGAGCGAUAUGAAGACCUGCUGUUCAGCAUCAGACCACCCGAAUACUAUAUUGGAAAUGAGGGAGAAACUAUACAGUACGACUGUCGGCCGGCAACCAAUAGUUCCACAACACGCGUACACUGGGUCGUCCCACACACAGUCCCCAGGUUAAAACUUGCAGGUGGUGAAAACGAGAGCGGAGUGUAUGUAUACCCAAACAAUACUCUGCUAAUACAGCACAUGAAGCUGGACUUUCACGGGUUUUAUAAAUGUGUUAUACACCAAGAAAGUGGAUAUCACACUGCUGUGAUGAAUCUGCAUGUUGUGAAACUUAAUAGUUAUGAUUAUGGUUUCCGCACCAUGGUUGGGACAGUGGCAGCGUUUGUUGUGGUGUCAAUAUUGGUUUUGUUUGUCGUUGGUUACAGGUUUUGUGGGAAAACUAAAGGUAGUGAUAAACUUGAAGUAACUGACCGUUUGAAUACCGAAGAACAUAUUGCUUUGAGUUGAACAGUUUUUGUGAAAAAUGUAUCAAAAACAAUAAAAAUUAUUCUCGAUCGAAGAAAUGAACCAUUUUUGUUUA